AUGGCAACUUCACAAGCAGCUUAUUUGGCUGAAAAAGCCGUCGGUCACGAUGACAAUGCCAUCAUUGCGCAAGAUAUCGCUAACUACGAAGAAAUCGGAGCGGCGACCACGAUGAAAGCGCUAGUAUGGAGAGGGAAGAAUAAGGUUGAGAUUGCCGACGUUGCUAAGCCCCAAAUUUUGGAAGACACCGACGUGAUUGUCAAGGUCACUGGUUCGACCGUCUGCGGCUCUGAUUUGCAUCUUUACCAUGGUGUGGUUGUGCAACUCGCAGAUGGCGAUAUCCUGGGACACGAGUUCUGCGGAGUUGUAGAAGCUGUUGGUAAGGCUGUCCACAAAGUGCAAGUCGGAAAGCGAUAUGUCGCUUCUUUCCAAAUUGCCUGUGGAGAGUGCUACUACUGUAAACAGAAGCUAUCGUCACAGUGCGAAAAGACAAACUCGAAUACGGCUAUGAAGGGUCUCUACGGCGGAAGGACGGCAGGCAUUUUUGGGUAUUCGCAUCUUACAGGCGGAUUCGCUGGUGGACAGGCAGAGUAUGUGCGUGUUCCGCUAGCUGAUGUGAAUUUGUUGGAAAUCCCAGACGAUGUUCCAGAUGAGAAGGCUCUAUAUCUGUCUGAUGUUCUCUGCACCUCUUACCAUGCGGUUAAAGAUACUGCUGUCUACCAAGGCGAUGAAGUAGCCAUCUUUGGAGCAGGCCCUAUCGGACAAAUGGCGGGAGUCUUCGCUCUCGGAGAUGGAGCAUCCAAGAUCAUAUUCGUCGAUACCGAGCCGCGUCUCACCAUCGUCAAGGAGCAUUUUCCCGCCGAACACCGCAAUAAGCUCGUUUUGGUCGACUAUAAGAAACUAUCUUCUGGUAUCACCUCCAAAGAGACUAUUGUCAGCAAACUAAAGGAGAUUUGCGGCGGACGAGGCCCAGAUGUCGCUCUUGAGUGCGCCGCCGGCGAAUACGCCAAGGGCUGGAUGCAUUGGCUGGAAAUGGCUGUCGGCGCUGAGACUGACACCAGCGAGAUUGUCAAUGAAAUGAUUGAGGGAGUUCGCAACUAUGGCCGCUGUGGCAUCACUGGUGUUUAUGUCGCAUACACAAACCACUUCAACAUUGGUUCGCUCAUGCAGCGAGGCAUUCGCCUUAUUGGAAACGGCCAAGCACCGGUGCACAAAUACUGGGACGAGUUGCUUGAAAAGAUUCAGAAAGGCGAGCUCAACCCAUUGCAGAUGGUUUCUCAUAGAGUAAGGCUUGAAGAUGUCGACAAGGUAUAUGCAAAGUUUGAUGCAAAGGAGGAUGGUAUGCAAAAGGUAUUCAUUGAGACUAAACACUCUUUUCCCAAGGCGGCAGAGUCUCCUGAAGUAACCAGGUUUUAA